AAAAUGAGGGAGGAGAAGAGGGGAAAUCUGCUUGGCAAAACCAUGUGCCAAUCACAGGAACGCAGGAGAAAGCCACACUUAUCAAACACUGAAUGAUGCCCUGCAGGUUUGGUGCCAAAAGAGUGCUAAGGCGAGAGAUGCAUGGGAGGUCCUCCGGAUGAGUCAGGGUGGGACUUCAUCGGACAGGGGCAGAGCCAGGCAACUCUCCUGCUGCCUCUGUCCUUGGAUUGUGCCAUAUGGAGCAGAGGGAAGCGCAAAGGGAAAGAAAAAAGACAACAUGCAACAGGAGAGGAAUCCAGGUAACAGGUGACAGACCGGCUGCACAUGCUGGUGUUGCAGAGGAAUUCCAAGACUUUUUCCUGGGUGCUUGGAGAGCACAACAGAACAAGGGGAUAUACAAUACCUUUUAUGAUUUUAAAUAUUGAUCAAGGUGAGCAACAUCCGUAGUUCAUUCCAGGAUGUCUUGUGGCAAUGGUGGAACUGGUGGGCAUCCAAUGUAUAACCUUUGCAGUAAAAUUCAACGUUCAGACUCCCAAGUAGGAAACCUGAAUGGGCACAGGAAGUCCACAGCCUUGUUGGACGUACAAACAAAGUUAAGCAAUAUGCAGUACUCUUCUGUGGCACUGGAUCCUGAUUUUUUGGUGACAAAUGAAUCAAAAAUGGCAUCAAACUCUGAAGAAGACAAUUCUCAGGAUCCUGCAUUUCAGAUAAACAAUGAAUCUAUGACAGGAAAUGAGAUACGCCGGGUCUACGCUGCGAAGUGCUUUUAUGGACCAUACCUUACCAAAACUAGUAUGCAAGGAGAUGUAUAUAACUUUCUGGAACGGCCCAGUGGGUGGAAAUGUUUCAUAUACCACUUUGCAGUAUUUCUGUUGGUGCUCGUUUGCUUAAUUUUUAGUGUUCUGUCCACUAUAGAACAUUAUGCAGAAUUUGCCACUGGGACACUUUUUUGGAUGGAAAUUGUCUUGGUGGUGUUUUUUGGUGCUGAAUAUGUGGUGAGGCUCUGGUCUGCAGGUUGCAGAAGCAAAUAUGUUGGCAUUAAAGGAAGAAUACGUUUUGCUAGGAAACCUAUAUCAAUAAUAGAUCUCAUUGUUGUCAUAGCUUCAGUUAUUGUUCUAAGUGUAGGAUCAAAUGGACAAGUGUUUGCUACAUCUGCAAUAAGGGGAAUCCGGUUUCUCCAGAUACUUCGCAUGCUUCAUGUAGACCGACAAGGUGGGACCUGGAGACUCUUAGGAUCUGUUGUAUUCAUACAUCGUCAGGAACUAAUAACUACAUUGUAUAUUGGAUUUUUGGGACUGAUCUUCUCAUCGUAUUUUGUAUACCUUGCGGAGAAGGAUGCAGUAGAUGAGGACGGACAAACAGGGUUCUCCAGCUAUGCUGAUGCCCUUUGGUGGGGUGUGGUGACAGUCACAACUAUUGGGUAUGGUGACAAGGUGCCACAGACGUGGAUUGGCAAAACGAUAGCAUCCUGUUUCUCUGUGUUUGCAAUAUCUUUCUUUGCUCUUCCAGCAGGGAUCCUGGGUUCUGGCUUUGCACUUAAAGUACAGCAGAAACAACGUCAAAAACAUUUCAACAGGCAAAUACCUGCAGCAGCAUCUCUAAUUCAGACUUUGUGGAGAUGUUAUGCUGCAGAGAAAUCAUACAGUUCCACAGCUACAUGGAAAAUCUAUAUCACAGCUCAAAACACAAAGAAAACAGCAUCAUCAUCUAGCCCACUUCUUCGAAAACCGAGCAGCAGAAGAUACAAGAGAAAGGGAAAGCCAGGGCGUGAUAAUGGUUCUACACCUAUAAUGAAUACCGGAGAGACAGCUUUGUCCAUCCCACAAAUUACUUAUGAACACAUUGAUGAUCGAGAAGACAAGAAAGAGCUGAGCUUUUAUCUUGAUGAACCUGGAGGUCUUACAAGGAUGUUCAAGCAAACAGGCCGACAGCUUUCUUGGUCAUCUCUAUCUAUCUGUGCUGCAACCUGUCCUGCUUCACCUGCUUCACCAGUAAAAAAACGUUUGGAAGGGAACAGCAAUGAAAUGUCCAGGGCCAACAGUUUCACAGAAGACAUGGAUCUCAUCUCUGAAGAGGCAGCUCUGCCUGCUGUGUCAGAUGUGUCGCAGCUAACAGAAGCCCAUCGAACAGCUGUCAAAGUUGUAAGAAGAAUGCAGUAUUUUGUAGCCCGAAGGAAAUUUCAGCAAGCUCGGAAGCCUUAUGACGUGCGGGAUGUGAUUGAACAGUAUUCUCAAGGGCACCUCAAUAUGAUGGUUCGGAUCAAAGAACUUCAAAGAAGGUUGGAUCAUUCACUGGGAAAACCUGGCCUCUUUCUUCCAGAAAAGGGGGUAGACAAAGGAUACUACACUGUUGGAGCCAGACUGAUCCGGCUGGAGGAUAAGGUCACUCAGAUCGACCACAAGCUGAAUGACAUCCUGAAUGCUCUUCAGAUUCAAUUUGACAAGCAGUCAUCAGAAUGGGCAUCUCCUUCAACCACUCCAAGAGCCAGGAGGUUACGGUCUUCGUCAGAUUCUCCCCCAAAGAGCCGUAAAAUGUGAAAACGACUGAACAAUAUCGCGUCAGCUUCUCAUUUUAUCCGAUGUAAUUUUAGUUGGUGUUGGGAUCCAAAUUUGCAGCUGAGCAAAGAGACUAAGACAAAGCAAGUCCUCUUCCGCCCUUCCUCUAAAACUGGAUGCUUUUUUCAUCCAUUCCUCAUUUGCAUCAUCAAAUGUAGUAACAUUCAGCAGAACCAGAGACGAGAAACUGGAGUGGGAGCAGCAAGGCUUCCAUCAAACAGAAAGAUUAGUCAACUCAAUAUGUUCAGACGGAUGAUGCUGUACUUGAUUUCUACAAAAAGAGAUCCCAAAACUUUGGUCUUGCCUGGAAACACCCAACAGGGAUACUUUCCUCUUGUUUACCAGCAAUUGGAAGAAACUGUACCAUUUAAUGAGUAAAGAAUAUAUAUUCUGUAGCUUCUCAGCGGCAUUUGCAUCUGCUGAUAUAUAUUACAAGGUUGACCCUUGGCACUGAAAAUAGAUGAGCAAUACUUGACAGAAACAAAGCUUCGAGUGCACAAGUCUUCUUUCAGGAGGUACACUGGGUACAAUUAUUAAGUAAGGGAGUGUCAUAUAGAAGUAAGAUUUUGCUCAGUUACUAGUUAAUGGCAAGUUUUGAUUGUUCUGACUUGGAAAGUUUGCUUGUUGGUUUAUGUAUGUAUUUAUUUAAGUUCAGAAUUCAUACCUAACAGAGUAGAGGCAGCAGGUGUGUGAAUCCCGCUUUACCCUUUGCUGAAACAGUCACUUCACAUACUUUUUAGUUUCAAGACACUUUUCUGUCUCCGCACAAUUAAUAUUCACCUUUUUUUUUUCUUGGCCAAUAUAAGAAAUGUGCCUGUUGCCCAAGGAGAAGAAGUGGGUAACAUCCAUAAAUUCAUUUUAGUAUUUGGAUUGGAUAGAUUAUUGACAGUCCAGUCACCCUCUGUCUAAAUUAAGCAAAAU